AUGAAGAUCUACCUUCCAAUCAUUCUCACCGUUUUGGCUCUAGUGGCCGUCGCUCGUGCUGAAGACGACGACGAUAGUAAAUUCUCAGCAAAGAAUUUGAUGAAAGGCGUGUCCUCCGUUCGGAAGUUCUUCAAUGAGGAUCCAACUGGCCAAACAAUGAAAGAAAUUGCCUUGAAGGUAGCAGAGCUUGGCUCUCAAGUGAGAAGAAAGAUACGGGCUGGAUUGAAAGCCUACGUGAAAGCCCUUCUAGCAGAGUGA